AUGACUGAAUGUCCAAAUUUUUUUAGAGGAAAGAAAAAUAUGUUCAAAACGGACAUGAAAGUCUUUGUAAUUGAUCAGAAUGGCUACGAUUUGCGUAAGGGCGUUAUCAAAUGUUUUGGUAAUAACGCGUGGACGAUAUUUUACCCAGAUACUAAGGAAGUUGAGGAUAUCAUAGACUCAAAUCGCGUUAUACCAUACAACAAAGACAACAAAGCUAUUUUCAAAGAGCAAAAAAUUAAGAGAAAAGAAAUUAGCGAGAUGAAAGACUCGAUUUUAAGUAAUCCGUCUAUUCAGGACACAAAAACGCAGGACAUAUCACGCAAUACUGAUCUCCCUCCUAAAAAACCUUACGAUAUUAGCGAUUUACUCAAUUUAACUCAUCCUCCAGUAAAUCUUAACAAAAAGCCUAUCGAAAAUACUACACAUAAAUCAGAUUAUGUCAAAGAACCAGAAGUUGUCGAUGUCAAGCACGAAAUCGAUAAAUCUCCGCCCAAAUAUUCAACCGAGGCUUCAUCUCCUAAUGAAUCUGAUGUUGAGGUCCAAAAGUUGAGCAGGAAAGAUGUUAUAACAGUAAACAUCAAUUCUUUACAGCCAACUUCAAUUGAAUUCAACACAAAUUUAUCGAAGACAACUACCACUUGGACUUUUAAGAUUACUUUCUAG